AAAACUAGCAAGAAGAAGCAUUUGCAGCCGGUUUGUUUUUGAGUCGUUUUCGUUUGGAUCUAUAGAAAAACUGAACAAUCCGGACUUAUUACCGAUUUAUGUGAGUGAGGACACCUUGAACAAUGGCUCACCUCACCGGCACCCGCGUCAGCAGCUUUAAUGAGAGCUUCCUCAACGAGAAUGAGCACGACUCGAAUGCCGUGCUCAUGGAACUGGACAAGGGAUUGCGGAGCGCCAAGCAGGGAAUCCAGUGCGAGGCGAUCGUCCGCUUCCCGCGGCUCUUCGAGAAGUAUCCCUUUCCCAUCCUGAUCAACUCGUCGUUCAUCAAACUGGCCGAGUUCUUUGUCAGUGGCUCGAAUCUCCUGCGUUUCUGGGUGCUCCGCGUCUGCCAGCAAAGCGAGAACCACCUGGACAAGAUUCUUAACAUCGACAACUUUGUGCGUCGCAUCUUCAUGGUGAUGCACUCCAACGAUCCGGUGGCUCGGGCCCUGCUCUUGCGCACUCUGGGCGCCGUUUCUCGUGUAAUCCCCGAGAAGCAACAGGUCCAUCAUGCCAUCAGACGUGCCCUGGAUAGCCACGAUACCGUUGAGGUUGAGGCGGCCAUCUACGCCAGCAGCUGCUUCGCUGCCCAGUCCAGUUCGUUUGCCAUCAGCAUGUGCGCCAAGAUCUCGGACAUGAUUGAAUCGCUGCAGGUGCCGGUGCCGAUGAAACUGCUCCUGAUUCCCGUGCUGCGGCACAUGCAUCACGAAGCCACCACAGCUUCGCUGGUGAGCAGGCUGUGCAUGGAUCUGCUGCCGAAGUACCCGGCCCAGAGCUUUGUUGUGGCCAUUAUAGACACGCUCACGCAGUUGUCUUCCCGCACGCUGGUAGGAGUGCCUGGGCAGCUGGAUGUAUUGCUGGAUUUCAUGCAGGAUUUGAGAACCCCCGUGCGCAUUCAGGUGCUGCGCUCCUUUAACGAAUUGGCCGGCCGGCAAAGUGUUCAUGCCUGGCCCAAACCAGUCAUCGAAGCUCUCAUCGGUCGAUUCGAGCUGUGUACCAACUCCCAGGAGCAGUUCCUCUUCCUUUCCAUCUUGCUGAAGCUUAGCGAGUGCCCACUCACCUGCCAGCAGUUGCUUCGUGAUCAUCGCGUGGCCCUGCUCCGCCUGUGCAUCCAGUGCAUCAGCAAGUUGGACGACUAUACCACCGCCACCCAGGCCAUGGCUGUGCUCUCUGUUUUAGUGGCUUUUGGCCUGAAGAAGGAGGCCUACAGUGAGCAGGUAGAGGAGAUUCUUCACAUGGUCAACCUUCACAUGGAGGGACUGCUUCUCUGCACGGCCAAGCGGCCGGAGUGCACCCGGGAUUUGCGAAGGGUCCUGACUUACGGCAUAAGAAUCACCCAAGCUAACGCUGAGUUUGGUACCUCCUUCAUCGAAAUCGUCACCAAUACCCUGGGCGAUAAGGCGGCCUAUCCGCCGGCCAAUGCUGAACUGAUGUGUGAGGCACUCGUGGGUCUCUGCGAGCAUUUCCAGUUGCGCAAGUACGCGUUCUCCACGGCAGAGGAAUUAAUCGGAGAUGACGCCAUGGAGACUGAUGAACCGCUUCCACCCAAGGUAAAUCCAAUGCUGGCUCGCCUGCCGCUCAUCUUGCACAAGCUAAACACCAUAAUCGACCAAGAGAGCUGCGAGCAACAGUUGCGCACCGUGGAGAUUUUGAGUGCGUUGGUGCUUCAGACCACCAUGGGCUGUUAUCUGCCGCAGAAGGUGGUGCAGUGCUUUGAAAAGUGCCUGGGCAGGCUCAAUUGCUGGACUCUAUACAGGAUUGCACGCACUGCUAGUCGCUAUGGUCACCACUACGUGGCUGCUCACAUUUACACCAAGGUCUCCCAGAUAGUGAUCAGCGAUCAUAUGCACUAUUUUCUGGUGGCUCUGUCGCAGAUCUCGCAGGCGGAGUGUAUUCUUAAUUAUGGCUUGGAGUACGCGUACAUGCGAGAUAAUUAUGCACCGAAAGCGGCUCCUGAACCUUUGAUGCCCCUGAUGAAGCGUUUGGAAACGGCCAGCAAUCUCUACCAGCAAGCCCUGGCCAGCCUGCGGGCCUGCUCUUCGCCUCAGCAUCCGUGCACCUUUCAGCUGGAGUAUCUAAAGAUAAGGGCACAGUUUCUGCAGACCCUCCACCUGGCCGUGACCGUGAAGAAUGCUCAGGUGAUUGUGCCACCGCCGGCAAUAGCUGGUAGUUUGGCUCAGAACUCACGGGAUUACCUACAGAAGUUUGGGCAUGUCACGAAUCAGUUGCGCAAGCUGGUCAAGGCUUUAAAAGCCUGUGAGGAGACCUAUGCCAGACUCUACAAAUCAUCCUUUGAUGCGGAUCAUGUGACGCUGGAGUUUCUCGAGGUGGCUGAGUUCCAAUGUGCUCUUUUUGCUCACAUUAUUGAAUCGAUUUGCUAUGCCACUCCGCCGGAACCACCUGUUUUUCUAACCACUGGCGAUCACCCCGAGACGCGCUACUUCGCCGCCAGUUGCCAGCGCAUGGAGCAGAUGCAAAAGAACCUUCCGCAGGAGCCGGCUAAUGCCAAGACGAUUAGCAACCGACAUUUGGAUGUGAUCAUUGCGCAGAUCGAGAUAAUAACGAAGACUCCGCUUUGUUUGCCGCGAUACUUCUUCCAGAUUUUGCAGUCCACGCAGAUCAAGCUGUCGGUGAGUCCGCAGCCCAGGAGUGCCACGGAACCCGUGAAUGUCCAGUCGGGCAGUAAUCUGGUGAUUAAGGUCGAGGGUGUUCUGCAGCAUUUCAGCAAGCAGCAGAAGCACUUCCGACGUGUGGAGUCUGUACAAUUGAGCCUAACCUCUCAGUUAAUUACACCACCGCCCCGAUCCUCUCAAGAUAUGCCCAAACAGGCAGCCAAUGACACGGUGACCCUGAACCAAAUUGUGAAACCCCAGAGAGAUUUCCUCUCCGGCAGCUUCCUGCUGCCCAUCUCCAGUGGCGGGCACUUUCAGGUGACGCUGGAAACAUUCGUGGUGGACGAGAACGGAAUAACCUGGUGCACUGGGCCCAAAUCUUCGAUGGUGGUGCGGGUGCUAGAGGAUCCAACUAAGCAGGGAGCUCCAACGCCGAGCACUUCCCAAGCGGUGGGACAGACGAGGAGGUUUUGAACCAGAGCUGCUUAAGACUUAAAAUAAAAUAUUUGUAAAUAAAACAUGUAUUCUACAAAGGUAGAAUCUUUUUUCAGAGUUUA